GUACUUGGGUAUAAAACGACUCAUCGCAGACAAUAUAUCGUCCUGCUCGUUCACUUCUACCAUUCUAAGAAUACAACCUUAAAUCGCCAUGGGCAGCACGUUAAUCAAGUUUGUUAGAAUCUUUGACGGUCUUCGCAUUCUGGAGCAGCAAAAUGUAACUAUUCGUGGAGGGUUGACAUUCUUGAAUGAUUACGGCAAUGCUUCUGAAAUUAUCAAUGGUUCAGGCAUGACGCUUUUUCCUGGGCUUUGGGACACUCACGUCCAUCUUUCGGAGACGCAACCAUUUCCUACGGAACAAGAUGCCCCUCAACUUGAUAUGACCAAACACGGCAUCACGACUGCAAUCGAGUGCGGCCGGAUGAGCAAAUCGGAACACGAGCUCAACAACGUCACAGAAGGGUUUCCAGAAGUUUACUACGCGGGCAAUUUUGCGACAUCAACGGGAAGCCUGCACAGCACAUUCCCUUCUGUGGACGAAGACAAUAUUGUUGAUACGAUUGAAGAUGCGACGAGAUUCGUGCAACGACGCGUGGCCGAGGGCGCAGACUAUGUCAAGAUAGUAGCAGACAACCCAGGCCCAAGCCAGGAGGUCAUUGACCAGCUGUCGAGGGAGGCUCAACUUCAUGGAAAGCUCACCAUCGUGCAUGCUGCCCGCAAGAAAGCCUUCGAGAUGGCCCUGAGCGCCAACCCUCCGGUUAACUUUAUCACGCAUGUUCCGCUAGAUGUCCCAAUAAGCAGAGAAGAUGCAGAUAAGAUGGCCGAGCUUCAGAUCACAGCGAUUCCAACAUUGGUGAUGGAAGAGGCGCUUGCCAAGUCGGGUAUGAUUCCUGGAGCUCGACUGGAGGCGGCCCUGGAAUCGGUCCAACACAUGAUUGCGGCGGGAGUGCACGUCCUAGUCGGAACGGACUCUAAUGGCUCUUUGAUCGGGCCGCGUCACGGGGAAGCAAUAUUGCGAGAGAUGGAACUGCUGCAGCAAGUGGGGAUGAAGCCGUUGGACGUCUUGCGAGCUGCAACUCAACUAUCGGCACAAUGUUUCAAGAAGGACGACAGCCGUGGUACGAUUGCCGCUGGCAUGCGGGCCGAUGUUGUGCUUGUUGAAGGGGAUCCCACGAAAGACCUAGGUUGUUUGACCAAAGUCAAGAAGGUAUGGAAGGCGGGGAAAGUGAUCUACUCCGUAAAAGAGGAUGACGAUGUUGAUGCAUCUGAUUUCAGCAUCUAAUUUGGGGGGUUGGGAUGAUGAAUGCGUGUGUGCGACCGUACGAGGGUAGACAAUCUGAUAAUUGCAAUAAUUACCUAUUGCGGAAACAGUUGGUGAGAGACGUUGGCCGAAUAUCCGGAUUAGCGAGUGAUAAGAGACGAUGUGAUUUGCUCUGAGAAGCCUCAGGGGAGGGAUGGGGUUGUUGGAAAUGUUGGUCUGGAGUCUGGAUGUUGGUGGAAGAUGCUCAUCGGUCGCCACGUGCCCUCAUCCCUCCCUCGUACUUGCUUGGCUUUGCCCCUAUAUCGGAGAGCUAUUCCAACAACAAUCUAGGUACGUAUUAGCUACUGUAACAUUCUCGACCACGUAGGUUAUCUAGGUAUCUAGGUAGGUAUGAGAAAUCCCAUAACAAUCGAAGCACCUAGCU